AAUCAUAUGUUUGGAUUCGGCUUGAUUGAUGGCUACAUCUGACUGAUUAGCCAAUCAAAUCGACCUGUUAUGGCGAGGUAGGCAGGUCUGACUGCAGCUGGGCCUGCAAUGUUCCAAAAGAAUACCCGGAACCGUUCAUCACGAAUUUUGACGCUGUCUGUUACGUGAUGAACUUCGUGAGCAACUUCUGUCAGUCAGACAGACAAACAUUCACUGGAAAAUUACAUGUCACACUGACAUGACUAUGGUUAUAGUUAUGAACAGUAAAUUGACCGUUUUUGUUUAAAAAAUAUAUAUUGAUACGCCUUCAUUAAGCAAAAUAAUAAUGUAACGUUGCAGUGUCAGCUGGACUACAUGUUAGCAAGAUGCACAUAACGUCAGCUAGCUCUGCACGUAGCUGGUAACCUAUGCAGGAAUUGUUAAACCACAGCGCCUGCAAGAGCCUUGUUCCACUUCAACAUUGCGUUGAAAAUAACCUAGACUGCACAUAUCACCAGGAUCAAGAUUAAUCUACAACCUCGUAUGGGCACCACUAUGGUAAAUGACUGUGUUACAGUCUGACCACCCAAAGCAUUUAAACAGCACAAGGGAUUUUACUGUUUCUCAAGACUGAGAGGAAGUUCAGUAAAGCAUAUAUCAGCAAUGCUUUGUGUAUCUUCUACGAUGUUACUUCUACGAAUGUUACUUCUACGAUAAAGUAACCGAGUUAGUCACUGUGGAACAGUGUUAUAAAAGUAUCUGGUUAUCAGGGCAAGAAGAGCAUGAGUGAAGAUGAAAGCGACAAGUUCACUCCCUGUGGUUGUGUUUCUCAUAUUGACCAUCAGCCAAGGUGUCCUCAGUAAUAUGGGAGGACGUUAUUUGUCAGUAGCGCUUUACGGCUAUACGGAUAUCUGCGCUGUGAGAGGAUCAUCAGUGGUCAUAUCCUGCUCUUUCAAGAAUCCUUGUAACCUCACCAUCUCUAAAAUCUACUGGGGGAUCACAACCCAGGAAGGAAAAACACCUACUGAUCUCAGAUUGAAUGCUGCAUACAAAGGUCGUGUUCAAUAUUUCUGGAAAAAUGACACCAACUGCACAAUGGAAAUACAGAAUGUGAAGAAGGAGGACAGCUCAAGUUAUCAACCCAUUUUUGAGAUUAAGAAUGCCAAUCAGACAAGGAAAGGCCAGUUUGAGAUCAAUUUGACAGUCACAGACCUUACAGUGACACUUCCUCAACCAGUGAUAGAGGGUCAUGCGGUGAAUUUGAGUUGCAUGAGUUCCUGCAGUGAGAUGGACAAGCAUAAAGUGAUAUGGAGAAAGAAUGGACAAGAUUUACCUGGCAAACAGAAAUACAGAAAGCAACUUGAGAUCCAGAAUGUCAGUAUUGAGGAUGAAGGCCUCUAUUCAUGUGCUUUAAAAGGCUACAAGGAAACUGCAACUACACCAGUGAAGCUCAAUGUAAUGUUUCCUCCAAAGAACACAUCAGCUGUUGCUGGUCCUGGUCUGACUCUGACCUGCAGCAGUGUUGCCAACCCACCUGUGGAGAUCUACACCUGGUUUAAGGUGAAUGAGUCCACUCCAGUAGGAUCAGGACAGCAGUACAGCAUCACUAACAUCAGCUCUGAGGAUGGAGGACAGUACUACUGUGAGGCCAGGAAUAAAUACGGAGCUGAGAACUCUACUGCUGUGUCCAUCACUGUUGCAGAUCUGGGAGACCGUAGGCCUGUACUGUACCCGUCAGUGGGAGUCUCAGUCUGUGGAGCUGCAGUUCUGAUCUGUGUGCUGGUCUGGAUCAGGCACUGCAGAAUGAAUAAAAGACACAUCAGUAUAAAGCAGGAUCAGGGUACUUGUCCAGCCAGGGCUGAGGCUGCAGGAGGAGCAGAGGAGGAUGUCCAGUAUGUUGUCCUGUACGCCAGUGUCCUGCCCAAACACAGCAGGCAGGCUGCAGGAGUGGAGGACGACAUCCAGUACGCCAGUGUCCAGUUCAAACACAGCAGGCAGGCUGCAGAAGAGAAAGACGACGUCCUGUACGCCAGUGUCCAGCGCAAACAGGGCAGGCAGGCUGCAGGAGUGGAGGACGAUGUCCAGUAUGCUUGUGUCCAAAGCAAACACAACAGGCAGGCUGCAGUUCUCUUGACCAACCAGAGGGGGAGCUCUCCGUGA